GAAGAUGGAGUCCGUAAAUCCUGUGGGCUGCUGUGCUCCUGUAGCCGUCUAAUUCGGAGCCUUGUAGAGGGUCCCUUCGCCCGUCACAUGGACCACCGUGGGAACCAGGCAGUCCCCCGCUGCCCUCCUCUCUCCUGAUCCCGGAGCCGAACCCCUUACUUCAUGUCCGACGGAGCCAGAGCUGCCUGGUCCAAGAGGGGUUGUGGGGAUUCGCACCGCCGAGAGCCGGGGAAACAUAAACACAGGAAAUGCGAGCGGCCCCUUAGCGCUCAGCCGUCACAGCCUGUGAUCGUUCGCCCAGGCUCUAAAAGGUGUGUUAUGUCGGGGGGAGAUGUGGAGGUGUACCUGUCCCAGGUGCAUGAUGGGAGCGUGUCGUCGGGUUUCCGUGCACUUUACGAAGAGCGCCUGCUGCUGGAUGUCACGCUGCUCAUAGAGGAGCACCACUUCCAGGCCCACAAGGCGCUGCUGGCCACGCAGAGCGACUAUUUCCGGGUCAUGUUCACGGCCGACAUGAGGGAGCGGGACCAGGAUAAGAUCCACAUGAAAGGGCUGACAGCCGCCGGCUUCGGCCACAUUCUCCGAUUCAUGUACUACGGCUCUCUGGAGCUCAGCAUGCCCACCGUCCAGGAGAUCUUGCAGGCGGCCAUGUACGUCCAGCUGACGGAGGCGGUGGAGUUCUGCUGCUCCUUCCUGCUGGCUAAGAUCUGUCUGGAGAACUGUGCUGAGGUCAUGCGCCUCCUGGAGGACUUUAGCGUCGGCGUGGAGGGCGUCCAGGAGCAGCUCGACAACUUCCUCCUUGACAACUUUGUCCCUCUCAUGAGCCGAUCCGACUUCCUGUCCUACCUCAGUCUGGAGAGACUCCAGGCCUACCUGAACAGCGACGCUCUGAGCCGCUACCCAGAAAUCGAGCUGUACGAGGCGGUCCAGGGGUGGCUGAGACACGACCGGCGGCGCUGGAGGCACACGGACACCAUUGUGCAGUCCAUCCGCUUCUGUCUCAUGACGCCUGCGGACAUCUUUGAGAAGGUGAAAACAUCAGAGUUCUACCGGUAUUCCAGGCAGCUGCGGCAGGAAGUGGAUCAGGCGCUCAGCUACUUCCAUGAUGUCAACCAGCAGCCUCUGAUGGAGACACGAUCCAACCGCAUCCGCUCCGUCCGCCCGCAGACCGCCGUCUUCAGGGGGAUGAUCGGCCACAGCAUGGUGAACAGCAAGAUCCUGCUGCUGCAGCGUCCCAAGGUGUGGUGGGAGCUGGAGGGUCCUCAGGUGCCGCUCAGGCCGGACUGCUUGGCCAUCGUCAACAACUUUGCCUUCCUGCUGGGCGGAGAGGAGCUGGGGCCCGACGGAGAGUUUCACGCCUCAUCCAAAGUUUACCGCUACGACCCUCGGCAGAACUCGUGGCUGCGCAUGGCUGACAUGUCUGUUCCCAGGUCAGAGUUCGCCGUGGGAGUCAUCGGAAAGUUCAUUUACGCUGUGGCAGGUCGCACCCGUGACGAGACGUUCUACUCGACGGAGCGCUACGACAUCACAGAAGACCGCUGGGAGUUUGUGGAUCCGUAUCCUGUUAAUAAAUACGGCCAUGAGGGAACCGUCCUAAACGGCAAACUGUACAUCACAGGUGGCAUCACGUCCUCCUCCACCUCCAAACAGGUGUGUGUGUUCGAUCCGGGCCGGGAGGCAGGUGGCGGCGGCGGUGGAGGAGGAUGUGGUGGUGCUGGUGGCUCGGACUCUCACAGGACGCGCGCGGCCCGUGGCUCGCUGCUGCCCGGCACCCACGCCAGCUGCUGGGAGAACAAAUCCAAAAUGAACUACGCACGCUGCUUCCACAAGAUGAUCUCCCACAACGGGAAGCUGUACGUGUUCGGAGGGGUGUGUGUAAUCCUGCGAGCGUCCUUCGAGUCACAGGGCUGCCCGUCCACCGAGGUCUACGACCCGGAGACGGACGAGUGGACCAUCCUGGCCUCCAUGCCCAUCGGGCGCAGCGGCCAUGGGGUGGCGGUGUUGGACAGGCAGAUCAUGGUGCUGGGCGGCCUCUGCUACAACGGCCACUACAGUGACUCCAUCCUCACCUUCGACCCCGAUGAAAACAAGUGGAAGGAGGACGAGUAUCCCAGGAUGCCUUGCAAACUGGACGGUCUGCAGGUUUGCAGCCUACACUUUCCAGAGUACGUGCUGGAGCACGUCAGACGCUGCAGCUGAGGUCUGCUCCCCCGCCGCGGCUCGUUUUAUACAGACUGUUCCAGAACCGAGGCGUCCCACCGGGUGGGCAUGCCCUGAUCUUUUAAACCAGAGACCAGCACUUUCCGUAGGGUGAGGAAAGGGGCUGCGGCCGCAGAGUCGUUCCUCCUUACCAAUGAAGGCAGCCGACCUGCGCUUUUACCAGGCCUCCCAUUUAACCAGUCAGUUGAACAUUUUCACAACCACCAAUUUCUCAGAAGGUUAAAGGAAAAAAAUGAUGUCAGGGCGGAUACAAAAAAAAAAACAGGUUUCAUUCUGCUGGUUUGUGUUACGGACUGCGUCUAUAAUCACCAGUAAUUCUGUUUAGGCCCGGUCAGGCUUGCUGCAGAAACGCACUGGAAGCGGCCGAGUCCAGCAAAUUCACAAGUCACAGAAAUCUCUGCUCGCUUCCAGAGGCUCGUACACCAAGAUAUUUCUUUAAAUAGAUUAGCAGAAAUAUUACCACUACUUUAAAUCCCUACAAAAUUAAUAUCAAUAAGUAUAGCACUAUAUUCGGUAGUGUAGCUGAUUGUAUAAUCCGUCUCCAAAUAUAAAGAAGCAGUCGGUAGGAAACUAUUUAAGGCGUACAACAGAUGAUGCAUCGGAUCCUGCUGAUGCCGUGGUCUGCCACCAGCUUUAAACUCAUUACGGUUCCCUUUUUUUUUUUGCUUCCAGUGCGUUCCAGCUUUUAGUCCCAGUUCUGCUCUUUGAUUCCAGAUAUCCAGCGUACUGUGCUCAUGGUCAUAUAUAACACUGCAUCACGUGUCUUUCUACGCUCCCCUGCUGCCUUCUGUGAAACGGCUUGAAAGUGUGUGUGUGUGUGUGGGAGGGAUCCAUUAUAUGAUAGAUAAUACACAGGUUAGGGGCUGAGCUGCUGUACGUUUGAUUUUGUUUACAUUCCCAGCACUUUAUUGGUUCAUAAUGUGAGUGUAAAUAGUGUAGCUGCACUGUAUCGCUGGAGGAAUUUCACUGCGUCUAGAAUUACUCUCUGAGUUUAAAUGAAGGAAAAAUGUUCCCUGGUUGAAAUAAGAUGUGGGAUUUUUGGGCAUUUCAAUAAAUCUGGACCUCAUUCAAGAACAUUUUCUAUUAGAAGAAACUCAACAUUUAUUCUCCACCUGACUGAAAUUGUUUUGUGUUUUCACUGCUGGGAUAAAUUAUAAGGGCAUUUUUUGAAAUGUUCUUUUCCAUUGGUUUAACCUAAGGUUUUUCAAAAUAUCAACAAAAUAAUCCGUUAAUGUCUAACCAUUAUAAUGUUAGAUGAAUGACCAUUUAAAAUCUGCUUGAUACAUUUUUACACUUUGUGAUAGAAGCAUAACUGUCCACUCAAAAUUUAAACCAUUGCUUUCUGUCUGCAAAAAAAAAAUAGCUCAUCUACUUUGAUUAGUUUUCCAAUUGCUUUAUUAAAGUAUUCCUAAUUAUAUUUUGAAGACCAAAAUAUCUACCAUUUACAAAACAUUUUACUAACAAAGCAUAUAAGUGAAUUCAUUGCAAAAAUGUGUAAGUUGGUGAAUAUAACCUGGCUUUAGCUAAUGCUAGCCACAGCUAAUUCAUCAAUUGGUUCAGACUUGAUUUGCCUUUAAUUAAAUGAAUAUACCUAAUUCUUUAGUUGACUAUAUAAAAUAACCGGGAAAAUAACCAGCAUAAUUUAAUGUUUUAUCAUUUUAGUUAGCAUAGCAUAAAUUGAAACAAAAUAUGCCAAAGUUAGCAUUAGCAGCUGGUCCCUGCAGCUAUCUUAUAUCGAUUCAGCUUUAAACGUUUAUUCGUUUUUUUGCUUUUUUUUUUUUUGCA